AUGCCGCCGAAGAGGAAAGCAGAGCAUCUCGGAGCGGGAGAACAAGUGGAGGAGCAACGACCACGAAGAUCUAGCCGCAGGGCAUUGACCCGGGAAGCGCGCGCCGUCGAACAGCAGCCAUCACAACCGGCGUCGGGGUCGGGGUCGGCGUCAGCGUCGGCGUCGGCGUCGGCCAAGAAAAAGGCGAGGCCACCGAAGAAAAAUGUUGGUGUUCAGGCUGAGGAGGAUGAGGGAGGGAACGAAGAGGGAGGGAAGGAAGAUGACGAGAAAGAAGAUGACGAGAAAGAAGAUGGCGAGAAAAAGGAUGGCGAGAAAAAUGAUGACGCGGAGAAGGAGGCUCCUUCCACGACAGCAAAGACCUCCAAAGCUGCACGGAAACCCGAGACGGCCGACCCAUCACCGCCCAGCGGCCGCCAGUACUGGCUCUUGAAAGCCGAGCCCGAAUCGCGAAUGGAGAAGGGCAAAGACAUCAAAUUCUCCAUCGAUGACCUAGCCGCCAAGACCGAGCCGGAGCCCUGGGACGCACGCAACAACCUCCGCGCCAUGAAGAAAGGCGAUCUAGCAUUCUUCUACCACUCGAGCUGCAAAGUCCCAGCUAUCGUGGGCACCAUGGAGAUUGUAGCCGAGCAUUCGCCUGAUUUAACCGCCCACGACCCGUCCGCGCCCUACUACGACGCCUCCUCCCAGCCCUCCGACCCCAAAUGGUCCGUCGUGCACGUGGCCUUCCGGCAGAAACUCACGACGCCCAUCACGCUGAAGGAGCUGCGGGCGUGGCACGCGGAGCCGGGGGGCGCGCUGGCGAACAUGCAGAUGCUGAAGCUGGCCCGGAUGAGCGUGAGCAAGGUCAGCGAGGCCGAGUGGGAGUUCCUCGUCGGCGAGAUGCGGAAGAGGGGCGAUGUUGUCAUUUGA